UCUCCAGAGGUGGAGGCGUCUGCUCAGCCUGAUCCAGGUGUUGGACCCUCUGUGUUCUGUGGAGUGGGUCUGACUCUCGGUCUGGUUGGUGUGGCUGUUGGAACCUUCUUCCUCAUCAAAGGAAACGAGUGCAGCUGAUUGGCUCACGGUGAUGAUGUCAUUCUAUGACGAGCUCCUAAUCAGUGUGACUGUGCUGUAGCUCUCCGUCAGACUGAGUCAGUUUGUCUGGAGAACUUAGAAACAUGGCUUCAUCCUUCCUCUGCCUCCUCUUCAUCAGCCUCAGCACAGCAGAUGGAUUCAUGACUUAUAGACUGUCUCGCUGUGACUUUAACUCCACUGAGCUGAAGGACAUCCAGUUCACCGACUCUUACUAUUACAACUACAACUAUUACUACCAGACCCACUGCUACCUGGAGUACACACCCAGGUCUGGAGAGAAGAUCUCCUGUGUGGUGGAGCAUGCCAGCCUGGAGAAACCUCUGAUCACUAACUGGGAUCCCUCCUCAUCCUCAUUAAUGCCUAAGACAGAGAGGGACAAGCUUGCCAUCGGCGCCUCAGGACUGAUCCUCUGUCUGAUCUUGUCUCUGGCUGGGUUCAUGUACUACAGACAGAGAGCUCGAGGUCGUAUCCUGGUUCCCACAGACUGAGGCUGUUCCUGGUCCUGGUUUUCUCUGAUGUUUUAAAGUCAGCUGCUUCCUGUGUUUAGCAGACUGAUGACGAUGUAGCCAAUAUGUCAGCUCACCAAAGAAUAACUGAAACAAUAUCUGUGCCAAAAGAAGAAAAUUUAUUCAGGGUCUGACUGCAGUUUACCAUCUGUGCUUAAUAUGUUAUAGAGAUUUGUGGAUUGGAGCAUGUACGUCCUUAGGAACUUCAGGACUCACAUCCGCUUUACAGUUUAAUUUUGACCAUGGGCCCGCUGACAGGCCCUGUAAGGAAGAGGACUCCCUUACUACAUUUAUUUGUAUUAUAUUAUCUGUAUAGCACUUUAGAGCACACCUUUCACUUUAUUAAAAGCACCUUAUCAAGCACUUUAUUUAGCAUUGCACUUUAAGCAUGGAUUUGCACAGUAAAACAUUUGCACACAAGA